ACAGGCCCGUGUCCGUUGCGUGCGGCGGCGGGUGCUCUCGCCUCCCUGAGGUGAGGCGGGCCGGGCCGUUGGGAGCGGCGGGGCCCUGCGCGCCGUCCCCAGCCGGAGCGGCGUCCCCGGCCAGAUGGCAUCCAACUACAGAAAACCUGGCUUAAGUACAGUCCAGCGGAAGAAGAGUGGCUUGAAGCCUGAACUUACAGAAGAGCAAAAGCAGGAAAUCAGAGAAGCUUUUGAUUUGUUUGAUACUGAUGGAUCUGGAAGCAUUGACAUAAAAGAACUGAAGGUUGCGAUGCGUGCUUUAGGCUUUGAGCCAAAGAAGGAAGAAAUUAAGAAAAUGAUAGCAGAUAUUGACAAAGAAGGAAGUGGCACCAUUGACUUUGAAGACUUUUUGGCUAUGAUGACGCAAAAAAUGAGUGAAAAGGAUUCCAAAGAAGAAAUCUUGAAAGCUUUCAGAUUAUUUGAUGAUGAUGGGACAGGAAAAAUUUCAUUCAAAAACUUGAAAAGGGUUGCCAAGGAGCUGGGAGAAAAUUUAACAGAUGAAGAACUUCAGGAAAUGAUUGAUGAAGCUGAUCGAGAUGGAGAUGGAGAAGUAAGCGAGCAAGAAUUUUUGAGAAUCAUGAAGAAAACUAGCUUAUAUUAAUAUUUGUUGCCUUGCUCUAGAGCUGUUCCAAAAGAUAACCUGGAAAAGACUUAAAAACUGGGCUUGCGUCUCCUGCGUAUUUUCUGCCAUAUAAAGAAAGCCUGGAAGGACAGAUUUUUGGUUCAUUCUUCUUUUUCAGCAAAGUUAAUUGGGGGAGGGGGGCUUCAGUACCCACAACUGUUAAAAUGAGAUACUACAGAAGUGGAAAGGAAGGAUGAACUGACCUGCAAGGGGGGGGUCCCUCCCCCUCCCCUCUAUUUUAUUGAUUGCCAUUUUGGCUAAAAAACACUGUGUUUCAACCAUUUAACUGAAAGACAUUUCACUUGAUGUGAGGGUUCCCACUGCUGCUGGGAAAGGUCACUUUUGACUUUCCUACGGCUACAGAAUGAAUGUACAAGCACAGUAUUUUUAUCCCUUUUAAGGCUUUUAGGUUAUCUUUUGGGUAUUUGUCUCCUUUUGUUUAUUUCCAUGAAAGACUCUAAAACCAACUGCAUAUCUGUCUGUAUUACUGUAUGAAACACUCUUUUCCUAUGGCAAGUUGUUUUCGGGCCUAGUGGGAAGCAAGUGUAGAUAACCAGAUUUCAUUCGCAGCCGUGUGCCAUCAGUAGAUGUUCUUCUGUUUGUCUGAUCAUCUGAAAUCUCGUUUACUUGAACGUAACCUGCUUGGAUUAUCAAAGUUUAUUGUAUAACCAGUGAACAUCUUGUGCCAUUGCUCCUGCUCCCAAGGCAUUGCAGACAUUAGUUAUGCCAGGGUUUAAGCACCUAAAAAGUUCACUUCUAUGGUGCACUAGGGUAAAUUUUCUCUUUGGGUGUUUAUAGUCAAUUUGCAGGGGGGACUCGCAUCUGAAGUGAAAAAGUAGCUCACCUUGGGCAUCUGUGGAGCACUGAAAUUUAUUUAGAUCCAUGCAAUCCAAAUUCAUUUCAGACAUCACAGGUUUGGGUGUGGGGUUUUUUUGGGGUUUUUUUUUUUUUUAAGGAGUAGCUUCGUUUUCUUGACUAUUUCUUGCAUAUACUGUCAGCCACGUUUCCUUCUGUAUUACAGUGACAGAAUAGUGACACACAGCAUGACAACCGAUUACGUGGUUCUGCAGGAGGGUUUAUCUUUGGGUCCUGAUAAGAUGAUCAGCUUCAAAACUGCAGGGAAAUGGUAUAAUCCUACACCUAAUAAGGUGCCUGAAGGAGAGUUUGUUACUGCUCACGGUGAAGGGGCAAGUAGGUAGCAAAAUGUCAGAAGGGCUCAAUGGAAAGAGGAGGGAAAGAACAGUGUUUCACCAGUACCUGUUAAAAUCCCUCUUUUCUUCAGUCAGCUUCUGCUGCUUAGCAGCACUAACAAAGUUUGUAGAAGAAAGGAAGAGCCUGCCCCUGGAUGAGCUCCUCAUUACAGCUGCUUCAGCUCUUAUGAGCUGUAAGGGCCCAGCAGGGGGAGAAUUGGUUUCAGGAGCGGAAAGGAAAAGCAUUCAUUUACAUCUCCUCUUCUCAGUGUGCGGAUGCGGACCUCGCACAUUUCUGCCCCAGUCCUCUGAGGUUUGGACUCAGAACAACUCUAAAUAGACCCUCUCUAACCUGUACAGAAGUAGGCUUAAACCUGUGGGAGAGCAGGGAUUGUGUAGGACCCUGGAAGACUCAAGAGACCUGUCAAGCCCCCUAUUAACACAUUCAGUGGCAGUAGAUGUAACCUAUAGUACUGUAAGCGUUUUAAAAUGUCUAUUCACUUUGUACAAGUGUGAAAUAAAACUGUUUUGCAAGUUAA